CAUAAUGGUAACCAGUCUUUUUCUCCUCUCCACACUGCAGGCAGCGUGCUGCUGCGUGACGUCCAGGCGUUGACUCUGUACAAGGAUCGACACACCACAGCGAGGCGCUCCAGUCCAGUGCCUCAGCUCCAGUGUGUUGGAGGCUCCGCGGGAUGCCAGGCCUUCACCCCAGCGGUGGUCCAAUGUCGGAACAAAGGCUGGGACGGAGUGGACGUACAGUGGGAGUGUAAGACUGAUAUGGACAACGCCUACCGAUUUGGUCGCAUUGAGGUGAGCUGUGAGGGCUACAGCCACCCUACUGAUGCCCUCAUACUGAAGGGCUCUUGUGGGCUGGAGUACACACUGGAGCUGAGUGAAGAGGGCCGGAGGACGUCACAAGGCAGCUGGGGUUCCCAAGGUGGAUCCAAGAGAUUUGGAGGUCUUGGUGGCUUUGCCUCUAGUCUCUUCAGCGCUUUCUCUGGAAACCAGGAUCAGCAGCGCCACCAGCCCAGCCAGCAGAGUCGUCAGAGCUCCCACCCAUCAGGCAGCGAGGGCUCAGGAGGUCUGCUGGUGGUUGCCAUGCUUCUGCUCUUGGCCUACGGCGUCUACAAGCUGUUUCUCAGCGGGAACACGGCCCAGUGGGGGCAGGACAGUGGACAGGCGGGUUACCCCAGAGAUAAUCACCAUGGCUCCACCGCAGGACCACCGCCCCCGGGAUUUAAACCGGACUUCACAGGCAAUCCUGGUGCCAAUCCUGGUGCCAACCCAGGCUACGGUUUCCACAGUGACUACACUCAAAGACAACAGUACCCAGGAGGCCAAGCUCCUCCUAGCACGGGCGGAGGCUUCUGGACCGGCAUGGGAACAGGAGGGGUGCUGGGAUAUCUCUUUGGUCGUCAGAGAAGCCAGCCCUACAACUAUGACCACUCCGCUUACAGUAGCAGCAGACGUCCUCCUUCUGGAGGCUCCACAUCUUCCUCUGGGACACGCACUGCUUCAGGUUUUGGAGGAACCAAGAGAAGAUAAAAGUUGUGGAGGUGGACAGUUAAUGGAUGGCCCUGAGAAUAAUAAAAGACGGACUCAGUGUUGGCUGGAUGGAAGGUCAAACGGGACAAAAGCACCAUUCAAGAAGACGCGUUCUUCUUGCAAGAUGAACUUGCAAGAUGAACAGCAUAGUUACGUUGCUUCUUAGUUCUACUUUCCUCUGGAGAGGCCACUUAGAUGUCAGCUCCCGAAAGGAAGCACUCUUUUUAGUUUUUCUGUGUGGUUUCAGCUUUAGCCUGAAGACUCCAGUGUUUGGAAGAGCAUGGUAUUAUUUCAUGUGUUUUAAGAAGAUGAUCUUGCAGUUGGUCAUUUAAUCAUUUUAUUCAUGCAGUCUUUUUGGGUGAAAUAGCUGUCUAUGUUUUCUCUCUGCAGUCUGUUUUCUAAGGACCUGUUGACUUUCUUAGUGUGAAUGAGCGUGUUCUGCUUCAGAUGCAUAUUUAUGAAAAUUGUAGCCUUUUGCAUUCACAUAAAAUAAAAGGCAGAUAUAGAAAAAAGACUAUGCACACACCAGAGGCAAGAAUCAUGACAUCAAUUAUUUAAACUGCUGAACCUGUAAAGGCUCAUGGAAAAAAAGUUUUUUGCACAUUCAUCAUUCUUUAUUUGCUCUUACCUGCUAGCCCUCAUACCUUUGCCUUCCAUAUCAUUUAAUGAACUAAUUAACUAGCUAAUUAAAAGAGAAACCAAACAAAAAUGUCUACUUUUUGCUCUCAUUCCCAAAAGUAAAAACACAUACAUUCUGAAUUAUAAAGUAUGUAACAUGUGUAUAUGUUGUCAAUAACACAUGCAUAAAACAAAGUUGUGAUUUGUCAAAAUAUCUCCUCAAAAUGGCUGGUUUACCAUUCAAGAACAUAAAAAGUGAUGCGGAAAUGUCA